GGCAGAAUUCGAAUACCCAGACUUAGAAGAGUCAUUGGAAGACACGUGCUCUCCAAGUCGAAAAAGUCUUGGCCCGCGGGAUUAAACCGGCAACACAAUCGACGCUUGUCUUCAGCUGAAGCCGUGAUACCCGAAAUAUUGAAGACUCCAAACGCCUUCGGUGUCCCAAUGCAGCAAAACUUUACCACCAACAAGCUUAGUCCUUAAUGACAAGCUUACUCUCUCGGUGUCUCCAUUCAAGUCCAGAUGCACCUCAAUCUGUCACUCUUGAUGCCAAGGCGGGUCGGAGCCACGCUAAUUCCGUGCCGUGUCCCGAGACCCUGGAACGCUUUUAGCCAAGCAAUCUCAACGCUUGAAUGCACGUGGGAACGGAGCUCGACGUCUAUUCGUCCUCACUUAUAAGUGUCGUGUGCUUCAUCCUAUACCGAGCAUGGAGACUCAGGAGAUAGCAUGUCGAGUUCUAGAAGAGCAUGUCCUCGAGAAACAAAAUUUGACUGGUGCGUCUCGGUUCGGACGGCUCUCGAUGGGAUUUUUGUAAAAGAGAACUAUGGGGGAUUAAUAUCGAGGACGGUUUAUAUAUAUUAGAUCGUUCUGUUCUUUUCUAGAUCUCUUGGCUUGUUCUUGGCUGCAAGGAUAAUUUCUCUUGUGAACGUGCCGCUGGGUACCCUUUCCAAGAAGACGUACGCGAAACUAAGACCAGUUCUAUUCUUCAUAUCGUUCUUUAAAUAAUUCUUCCAAAAAUGGCUGCCACUCCUGGUCCCGUCGCCAAGACAAGCGGCGGCAACAAUGCCUUCCACAACUUUCACAACGACUUUGCUCACAUCGCCGACCCCAAUGAGCGUCGUCGUCUUGCCCUCGCCGAGAUCGACAAGGCUCCUUUCGGAUGGUACCAUGUCCGCGCCUGUAUCGUCGCUGGUGUUGGUUUCUUCACUGACUCCUACGAUAUCUUCUGCGUGUCUAUGUUGACCAUCAUGCUGGGUAUUGUGUACUAUCCUGGCAAGGGAAAGCUUGCUACUAGCUCUGAUAACGCUAUCAAGCUUUCGACUUCUGCUGGUACUGUUAUUGGACAGCUUGGAUUUGGUAUGUUGGCCGAUAUUGUCGGUCGUAAGAGGAUGUAUGGUUUGGAGCUUAUUGUCAUCAUCUUUGCGACUCUUGCUCAGGCCCUGACUGCCGGUUCGCCUUCCACCUCGCUUGUUGGUCUUAUCAUCUUCUGGCGUGUAGUCAUGGGUGUUGGUAUUGGUGGCGAUUAUCCCCUUUCUUCCAUUAUUACCUCCGAGUUCGCUACCACCAAGUGGCGUGGUGCCAUGAUGGCUGCCGUCUUUGCCAUGCAGGGUAUCGGUCAGCUCGUCGCCGCUCUCGUCAUGAUGUUCCUCACACUCGGCUUCAAGUCUUCCCUCGAGGGUGCCCCUGAUACCAAGCACUGCACUGGAGACUGCCAGGUCGCCGUUGACAAGAUGUGGCGUACCCUUGUUGGUUUCGGUGCCGUCCCUGCUUGCAUUGCCCUCUACUACCGUCUCACCAUCCCCGAGACUCCCCGUUACACCUUCGAUGUCGCCCGUGACGUUGAGCAAGCCGACGAGGACGUCAAGGCCUACAUGACCGGAAAGCGUGAGGGCGACACCGACGAGAUCGCCCGUGCUCAAGUCCACGCCAGCGCCAAGUCGAACCUACAGGUCCCCAAGGCCAGCUGGAGCGACUUCUGCCAGCACUACAGCAAGUGGAAGAACCUGUCCAUCCUCAUCGGUACCGCUGGUUCAUGGUUCUGUCUUGAUGUUGCCUUUUAUGGUCUCAGCUUGAACAACGGUACUAUCCUCAAGGUCAUCGGUUACUCUUCUAAGGAUGCCAAUAACAUGUACGAGUUCUUGUACAACACUGCUGUUGGUAACAUCAUUAUCGUCUUGGCUGGUGCUGUCCCUGGUUACUGGGUGUCUGUUGCCACUAUCGAUACCCUUGGACGAAAGACUAUUCAGCUUGGUGGUUUCAUCAUUCUGACUAUUCUCUUCAUUGUCAUGGGUUUCGCUUACAACCAUAUCUCCUCCAACGGUCUCCUCGCUAUUUACGUCCUUGCCCAGUUCUUCUUCAACUUCGGCCCUAACACUACCACUUUCAUCGUCCCUGGUGAGGUCUUCCCUACCCGCUACCGAUCUACCUCCCAUGGUAUCUCCGCUGCCUCAGGAAAGAUUGGUUCCAUCAUUGGCCAGGGUGCCAUCUCCAUCCUCCGCACCCACGGUGCCACCGACAAGAACGAGGCCCCCUGGAUGGACCACGUCCUCGAGAUCUACGCUCUCUUCAUGCUUCUCGGUAUCUUCACUACUCUCCUUAUCCCUGAGACUGCCCGUAAGACUCUUGAGGAGCUCAGUGGUGAGGAUGACUAUGCCAACAACCCUGAGACUACCAUUGAUUCUGAGGCUCACGCCGGUAAGAAUGAGGGAACCAGCGUUUAGGAGUGUGUCACUCUUUUAAGUUGGGGCUGCUGAUUGGUUGCGUUGGUAUCACAUGAAACUUGGCAGUGAUCUACGGACCCUGCUGGGCUGAUGGAACAGAACCUGAUUUACUAAAACAUUCCUUGAUUUGGUUGAGAUACUUGGAUACCCAACAAGUACAUUACAAGUUUAUAGCAAAAUUAAUAAUCACUAAAUAAAUACCAAGUUACUGGAUCCACGUUCCUUGUCAGUUGACUUGGCCCUGCUCAUUCACGGCUUGUCAGGAAAGAAGAGCUGAUGUUGGGGGGAUCAAUCUGUAUUGAAGCAUAGAGUAUGCUCCGUGGUAUUUACCAAUAAUAAUUAAGCAUUCACAUAACAGUACCGCUUAUCCGUACCCUGUAUCGUAUCCUUUACCGAGACCAUGAAGCCGAAGGGUAUACCCAGCCCUUUAUCCAAGUCCAUUACCAAAACACCAAAAGGAAGAAUCGAAAUUAUUUACUCCUUCUUACCACCAAGCAGUCCGCCAACGGUGUUACCAACACCCUUUCCAACAUCUUGUAGUCCCUGGGCAGCACCCUGGCCUCCACCGACAACAGCAUUCGCGGUGCUGUUCAUGGCUCCAGAGCCUGGAACAUCCUUGUUGACGUAUCCGCCGUUCUCAUCACGGCCUUGUCGCUCGGCGCGGUUCACGCCCUCCUUUGAUGCAAGGUCGCCGACGGGUUGAAGAAGACCUCCUUGGCCGACUUGGCCGGCGGCAAGGUUAUGGACGCCAU